GAGAAUCCUCCAUUCAGUACUCUAUUGACAACCUGAUUCGAGUAUGGCGACGAUGCUUGCUCGCAGUGGCCACUGUUAUAUAACGCUUUUGCAUCGUGCUGCUGUUACCGCUGGCCAAUAUUGGCUAGGCACUUAUCACUUCUUCCGUAUCCAGUCACCAACACUCGCUGCAUUCUCAAACUUACGAUGCCAACAGGUCCCGGAAGCUUUCUUACGAGCAGGUCCUGGUCGUGAUCAUGCAUCAAUACCCGUGAAAGACUACAAACAAGCCAAUGCUCUAACGAUAGGCCACACAGAACUGGAAUCUCCGGAUCAGUCAGAAUCAUUUGAGGAAAACUCUGCCACAUCAACAACCAUAAACGAGCUCGCAUCAUCGUUCACGUCAUUGUCAUCAAAAGAACCGUUUCAAUAUAAAGAAAUUACUCUGCUUGAAACGGAUUUCCGGGAGCGAUUCAUCAAGGGCGGCGGCAACGGCGGUCAAAAGAUCAACAAAACAAAUUCUAAUGUUGAGCUGAAACACUUUGAGACAGGAAUUGUGGUUCAAUGUCAAGCAACGAGAUCGCUACCUCAGAAUCGCAAAUUGGCAAGGAAAAUCCUUUUCGAACGAUUGGAUGAGUAUUAUAACGGCGAUAUGUCAAAGCGAGGGCAAAAAGCGCAAAAAAUUCGUCGGAAGAAAUUGCGGAUGGCUCGCAAGUCAGCGAAAAAGUACCAUGGACGUCCAGACGAUGAAGGCAAUGAUGGCAAUGAUGGCGACGAUAACGACGAUAGCAAUGAUGACUAUUAUGGUAAUGAUAUCGUUAAGAAUAAUAAUGAUAGUGUGAACGAUGGUAACGGCCAGAAGAGAAAUGAACUGGAUAAGGAAUUUGCGACAAGCAACGUCAUCUCAGCAGCCAAAGCAAAUCCGCAUGGUAUUCCGGAUAGUGCAAUUCGCUUGUCAAUAUUAGAAGAAGUUUUAUCAAGCACCAACAAGAGGCCUUCGCGUAGGAAAUCAAAGCGCAAGGAUUAAACCAUUAAAUCUAUUGAACUAAGCAAACUAUUUACUAAUAUUACAUUAAAG